AUGGCCGAUGACCUGGUGCAACUAGAUUCUUUGAACCAACGCUGCACUUGGAAAUUGGGCCCUGAUGCCAGACAGCCACCUUCGGCGGACGACCUCGCAAUGCUCAUGCUCACACCUGGCAGCACAGGAAACUCCAAAGCCGUGUUCAUCUCCAAUGGCCAAGCUCUUGCUUCUGUCAGUGCCAAAGCUGCUGUUCGACUUCUGCCAAAGGAUAAGCCAUUCCUAAACUGGAUCGGCCUCGACCAUGUUGCCGGCCUCUUGGAAAUUCACCCCCAAGCGCUUUACCUUGGUGUUGACCAGGUUCACGUCGCUGCGUCCGACAUGGUCUCUUCCCCUCUCGAUUUUCUGAGGUUCAAGUUACUCAGCCAUCAUCAAGUCAGCCGAACUUUUGCGCCCAACUUUUUCCUCGCUGCUCUGAUUGCGGCUGAACACCAGAAGCGUCACAGAAAGGCUACUUAUGAGCCGCAUUGGGAUCUCAGCAACUUGUUCAUCCUGGGAUCUGGAGGAGAAGCGAACGACACGGUUGCCGCUGUUGCUGUCUCGGAAUUACUACAACGCCAUGGACCCGCUGACGCACUUCUACCUGGGUUUGGCGUGACUGAGACAUGUGCUGGUUGCUUAUACAGCAAAGACUGCCCAGCUUAUGACGUGGUUUCAAGUCGGCAGCAGGUCUCUCUGGGUGAACCCACGGCGGGAGUUGAGAUGCGAGUCAUUCAGAGGAUGGGAGGGAGGCCCCUCAAGCGCAUGAAGGAGACCUAG